CCGGCAGUUACCAUCACCGUUAAGUCGACGUUGAGAUCCCUGAGGAGAGGCAAGCGUGCGUAAAUCAUCCGGUGCAGACGUUCCCGGAAACUCACCAUGGACUCGCACCACGCGUCUCUAGGACGCCGGACUCUGGAGGAGAUUCGUCAAAAGAGAGCAGCUCAAAGACUCAGCAAAACUUCUUCAGGUCCAGAUCUUAGCGAGAUUCCGAUUCCUGCCGCCGGGAUCAGAAAAUCCGAGAGCGAGAAUCGUCUUUCUGAGACAGAUGUUGGUGCUUUAUAUUCUCAGCUCAAAGAGCUGCAGAAAAAGAAUGCAGACAUGGAGGAGCGUAACAAAAUGUUGUACUCAAAGCUUCAGACAAAGGAAGCUGAGAAUGAAUCACUUGAGACUCGGUUGAAUGUGCUAGAACACAACACAGUGCCAUCUUUAAGAAAAGCUCUCAAGGAAAUUGCGAUGGAGAAAGAUGCUGCUGUUGUUUCACGAGAGGAUCUCUCAGCUCAAGUUAGGACUCUGAAGAAACGUGUUAAGGAGGCAGAGGAGGAACAAUAUCGAGCUGAGGAAGAUGCAGCAUCUCUCAGAGCAGAGCUUAACUCGAUUCAACAGCAAACAAUGGGUACUUCAUUUGUUGGAGUUUCCCCGGACCAAGUAUUAGAGAAGGAGAUGGCCAAACUAAAAUUAGAACUACAGAAAGAAUCAAUGUUGAGGCAGCAAGAACAACAGCGUGUAACUGAAGAACAAACACGAGUUGCUUCGUUAAUGUCUGAAAAGCAGGAACUGGAACAGAAAAUUUCAGCUUUAUCAUCUAGCGGUGUCUCAGAAGUAUCAGAGUCAAGUCAAAAAGUAUUUUCAGUGGAAGAUAAAGAAAUACUUGAGAAGCAGUUGCAUGAUAUGGCUGUUGCACUUGAAAGAUUGGAGAGUAGUAGGCAAAAGCUUCUCAUGGAGAUUGACAACCAAUCAUCUGAAAUAGAGAAGCUUUUUGAGGAGAAUUCGAACCUCUCAGCCUCCUAUCAAGAAUCAAUUAACAUAUCAAAGCAGUGGGAGAAUCAAGUAAAAGAAUGUUUAAAGCAAAAUGUGGAACUCCGUGAAGCGCUGGACAAGUUAAGAACAGAACAAGCUGGUUUUCUCUCACCAGUGUCUUCAGAAGUUCAGACAAAUGGGUCACAUGGAACCGAAACUCUGUCCCUCAAGAGCGAACUCGCGAAAGAACAGAGCAGAGCUGAAUCGUUAUCUGCGCAAGUUCUCCAACUCUCAGCUCAACUCCAACAAACAACACAAGCAUACAAUGGGCUCAUGCGUGUCUAUAAACCAGUGCUUAGAAACAUUGAGAGCAGCUUGAUCAAGCUGAAGCAAGAUGGAUCAGUUACAGUGGCACAGUGAACCAAGGGCACACUUCUGAGUACUGAAUAUAAAUUGUAUACAACAAACACCUAUUUGGAAACUAAUGGAACCGUGAGACUAACACAUCAUCACUUUUUUUCUGUACUAAACAAUAUGAUUGGUUAUUUCUUGUUUUGGUUUGAUGAAAGUUGGUGUGGAGUAAAAUUGAAAUUCAUUUUCGG